AUUGAGAUUAAGAAUGUACAUUAUGUCAUCUUAAACGUAAAACUAAGGGUGGAAGUGGGAGUUGAAGUGAUGGAGCAACAAGAUGAAGAAGAGAUCAAUAAUUGUUUCAUCAAGCUGAGAAGUAGUCCUCAAAGGCGAAGGGAUAAGGUUUAUAUUGGCUGUGGAGCAGGGUUUGGUGGUGACAGGCCUUUGGCUGCUCUUAAGUUGCUUCAAAGAGUUCAAGAACUGAAUUAUCUGAUUCUUGAAUGCCUGGCAGAGCGCACUCUAGCUGAUCGCUAUCAAAUCAUGGUGUCUGGUGGUGAUGGUUAUGAUUCAAAUAUUUCUAACUGGAUGCAUUUGCUACUGCCUCUGGCUUUGGAAAGAGGAACUUGCAUAAUUACCAAUAUGGGUGCUAGUAAGAGUUUUUAAUGAUGCAUUUAACGGAUCACAUAAUAAUGGUUGAUCAUCAAAAGAUAUUAUACUUCCGCAAAAUUUUGUGUUGUGCAUUUGGUUCAGAUUGAUAGACAAUAUGGUUUCUGGCAUUUGUUUCUCUAACUUCAUUCAUUCUUUGUUUCUAAAAGUGGAUCCUCUGGGUGCACAACAGAAGGUCAUAGAAAUAGCUAGAAGCCUGGGGCUUAAUGUUUCUGUCGCUGUUGCUCAUGAGAUGUCUGCUGCUAGAAUGGGUUCAGGAUUUUCACCAGAAAAAUCAUAUAUUAUGGAUAAUGGUAUCAGUACCUACUUGGGAGCGGCUCCUAUUGUUCGUUGUCUUGAAAAGUACCAACCAAAUGUAAUAAUUACUUCAAGAAUUGCAGAUGCUGCUUUGUUCUUAGCACCUAUGGUUUAUGAGCUAGGUUGGAACUGGGAUGAAUUACAGCUUCUAGCUCAAGGAUGUCUGGCUGGCCAUCUUCUAGAGUGUGGUUGUCAACUCACAGGAGGAUAUUUCAUGCAUCCAGGAGACGAAUACCGAGAUAUGUCCUUCCCGCAACUACUGGAUGUAUCACUUCCUUAUGCUGAAAUCUGUUUUGAUGGACAAGUAUGUGUAGCAAAGGCUGAAGGCAGUGGGGGAGUUUUAAAUUUCAAUACAUGUGCUGAACAAUUACUCUAUGAGGUUGGAGACCCCAGUGCUUAUGUAACCCCUGAUGUGGUGAUUGAUUUUCAGGAUGUUUCAUUCCUUCCAUUGUCAAGCUCUAAGGUUCUCUGUCUUGGGGCAAAACCAUCUACCAUAUCAGUUCCUGAUAAACUUUUGCAGUUGGUUCCACAGGAUUGUGGAUGGAAAGGAUGGGGAGAGAUAUCUUAUGGAGGUUAUGAAUGCAUUAAACGUGCUAAAGCAGCUGAAUAUCUGGUUAGAUCAUGGAUGGAAGAAAUAUUUCCUGGUCUUAAUCACCAUAUACUUUCUUAUAUAAUUGGGUUUGAUAGCCUCAAAGCCACCAGCAGCAAUGGAAAUGAGUCAGCACAUAAAAAUAUUGAAGAUAUUAGGUUACGCAUGGAUGGACUCUUUGAGCAGAAGGAACAUGCUUCCCAAUUUACUAGAGAAUUUACAGCUUUGUAUACAAAUGGACCAGCUGGUGGUGGUGGUGUCAGUACUGGAUAUCAGAAACAGAUCCUUCUAGAAAAACAUUUGGUUAAGCGCGACAAUGUUUUCUGGCGAACUGCAAUAAAUGGGAACACAAGAAGUCAGUCAAAUAUAGUUGAUCAUGAAUGCAACCUGAAGCACACAUUGACAUUGCCACCAAAGCUAGAAGCUGAAAAUGGCAUAACCUCCUUAGAAUCAGUUUCCCUUGGUAAUAGUUGCUCACCUGCUCCAUCUGGCCAGAAGAUUCCCCUCUACAAUGUAGCACAUAGCAGAGCUGGAGAUAAAGGAAAUGACAUAAAUUUUUCCCUCAUCCCUCAUUUUCCUCAUGACAUUGAGAGGUUGAAACUAAUUAUUACAUCUCAAUGGGUAAAAUCAGUGGUUUCCUCUCUUUUAGAUGUGUCCCCUAAUCUUGAUUUAGAUGCAAGAAAUCAAAGGGAUAAAUGGAUGAAUGAAAAUGUGAAAGUGGAGAUAUAUGAAGUUAAGGGAAUCCAGUCAUUGAAUAUUGUUGUCAGGAAUAUCCUAGAUGGUGGUGUCAACUGUUCUCGAAGAAUCGAUAGGCAUGGAAAGACCAUUUCAGAUCUCAUACUGUCUCAACAAGUUGUGUUGCCUCCAUCUUAAUAUGAUUUGCUGUACUAUGGAAAUGUUCCCAUGAGUUUCAUCUUGUGCCAUGGUGAUUAUGGGAAUGAAUUCACCAUUGCAAUUUAAAAAAAAAAAAAAUUCAAGCUUGGAACUGCUUUAAUUGAAGUAGGACUCCUAAUAUUUUUAAUGUUGUCAUUGGGGGGGUUAUUCAAUGAUUAUUUGAUAUGGCUCUAAACGAAUUUAUGAGGAAACUUAUUUACUUGUACUUCAUAAGAAUUAAGGAAUGUAGUUAAUUUAGUUAGUAC